AUGCGAAUAACCUAUUGUAUAGCGUUGUUAAUAUUUUCGAUUUUUACCGUGCAAAAUUGUGGAGCGAGAUAUAUCUGUGGAAGUCACAAGUAAGACACUUUCUAAAACAAUAUUGAAAAGCGCAGAGAAGUUGUUUUUCAGAGAUGAAGUAUUUUCCAAGGAACGACCUGAUACUGGUGAUUUUCCGUUUUUGAAAAAAGAAGAUGCUCAGAAAUCUGGAGAAUAUGAAGAUGAAGAAGUGGAGAAGAGUGAGAAAAGGUGGGUUGGUUCUCAAGUUGUCACGUGGAGUUUCAGCGGAAAAUUGAAAUUCAAUAUUUUGUGUUUAUUCGCGUCAACCUAUAUUUGCUAGAAAAAGUUAUCUCGAUUUUUUUCAGCCCAAGCUCAUUCAUUAUUCGAAUUAUUUAUGCAAGUGUGAGCACCGUAAUAUCACUAAUCCUCUUCAUAUUUUCGGUGUAUAUUUUGAUCAAACCAACUUUCACAGUAACCCGAGUCCGAAACUCAUCUCCCGGUGCUCUGUCAGUCGAAAUUCCUGCUGUUCUUCAAAUGUCACUUGUUAAAAAAUAUCAACCAAAAGAUUCAAUUAUUUCUGGAGCACCGCUGGCUGCUGUAGUUAUUGCAAAUGAUAAGAAAAAAGGAAAAUCUCCAUUGGUCGUCAAAAAUAACAAAAAGGAUACGGUCAAAACCAAAUUGUGA